AUGUUGAUGAUGUCUCCUCGUUACCUCCAUCACUCCAAAAACGACACUUUUCGCACUUCAAACGCACGAAAACCCGUCGAAAUCUCCGCUGCCAUACCGACUGUCCAACCUCUCCCCGAAGAUACGCCAACAGCAGCAACAACUCGACGACGACGACACCCAAACAGAGCAGGAAUAACAAGGAAGGCGAAGGCACCGGUGAGGGAGCGACUGAGGUUGACGCUUUCGUAUGCUGCCACCCAUCAACAUCUCCUGGAAACCACUGCCGCCCAAACUAAGGUUCGGGGGCCAGUUAGGGGCCGUGAACUGUGA